AUGGCCUUGACUGACGGCGGCUGGUGCCUGCCAAAGCGUUUCGGGGCCGCUGCUGCGGACGCCGGCGACUCUGGGGCCUUUCUGGCAAGGGAGCCCUCCUCUCCGCCUUCCCCGAUCUCUUCCUCGUCGUCCUCCUGCUCCCGGGGCGGGGAUCGCGGCCCCUGCGGCGCCAGCAACUGCAGGACGCCGCAGCUCGACACCCAGGCGGUGGCGGGACCUCCGGGCCGCUCGCUGCUGCUCAGCCCCUACGCCUCGCAUCCCUUCGCGGCUGCCCACGGACCUUCGGCGCCCGGGGUCCCUGGCCCCGGGAGCGCCCUGUCGAGUUGGGAGGACUUGUUGCUCUUCACUGACCUCGACCAGGCCGCGACCGCCAGCAAGCUGCUGUGGUCCAGCCGAGGCGCCAAGCUGAGCCCCUUCGCGACCGAGCAGCCCGAGGAAAUGUACCAGACCCUCGCCGCCCUGUCCAGCCAGGGGCCGGCUGCUUACGACGGCGCGCCAGGCGGAUUCGUGCACUCUGCGGCGGCGGCGGCCGCGGCGGCGGCUGCGGCCACCUCUCCGGUCUACGUCCCCACCACGCGCGUGGGGUCCAUGCUGCCCGGCCUGCCGUACUUGCAGGGGGCGGGCAGCGGGCCCAGCAACCACGCAGGCGGCGCGGGCGCUCACCCGGGCUGGCCCCAGGCCUCGGCCGACAGCCCCCCGUAUGGCGGGGGCGGCGCAGCCGGCGGCGGGGCAGCGGGACCAGGAGGUGCCGGCUCCGCCACCGCGCACGCCUCGGCGCGCUUCCCCUACUCGCCCAGCCCGCCCAUGGCCAAUGGCGCCGCGCGGGACCCCGGGGGCUAUGUGGCUGCGGGCAGCGCGGGCGCUGGCAGCGUGAGUGGCGGCAGCCUGGCGGCCAUGGGCGGCCGGGAGCACCAGUACAGCUCGCUGUCCGCGGCGCGGCCGCUGAACGGGACGUACCAUCACCACCAUCACCAUCACCCGACUUACUCUCCCUACAUGGGUGCGCCGCUGACGCCUGCCUGGCCAGCCGGACCCUUCGAAACGCCGGUGCUGCACAGCUUACAGAGCCGAGCGGGAGCCCCGCUCUCGGUGCCGCGAGGCCCCAGCGCAGACCUGCUGGAGGAUCUGUCCGAGGGCCGCGAGUGUGUGAACUGUGGCUCCAUCCAGACGCCGCUGUGGCGACGGGACGGCACGGGUCACUACCUGUGCAAUGCGUGCGGCCUCUACAGCAAGAUGAACGGCCUCAGUCGGCCCCUCAUCAAGCCGCAGAAGCGCGUGCCUUCAUCACGGCGCCUUGGAUUGUCCUGUGCCAAUUGUCACACUACAACCACCACCCUAUGGCGCAGGAAUGCCGAGGGUGAACCCGUGUGCAAUGCUUGCGGACUCUACAUGAAACUCCAUGGGGUGCCUCGACCACUUGCUAUGAAGAAAGAAGGAAUUCAAACCAGGAAACGAAAACCUAAAAAUAUAAAUAAGUCAAAGGCUUGCUCUGGUAACAGCAGUAACUCUGUUCCUAUGACUCCAACUUCCUCCUCUUCUAACUCAGACGACUGUACCAAAACCACAUCUCCUUCAACACAACCGACCGCCUCAGGGCCGGGUGCCUCAGUGAUGUCUGCAGUGGGAGAAGGCCCCAACUCCGAGAACAGUGACCUCAAGUAUUCAGGUCAAGAUGGCCUCUACAUAGGCGUCAGUCUGUCCUCUCCUGCUGAAGUCACGUCCUCUGUACGGCAGGAUUCUUGGUGUGCUCUGGCCCUGGCCUGA